CCGGGGCGCUGCGAGACUGGAGAAGUUGGCGAGAAGGCCUGGAGAACCCAGGAGUUUCCAAGCUGUGCUGCCACCUGAGCUCUGGAUCCACCUGGCUGUGGUGGCCUGUGGCAAUCGGCUGGAGGAGACGCUGGUCAUGCUCAAAUCAGCUGUGCUCUUUAGCCACAGGAAGAUCCAAUUCCACAUCUUCACUGAAGACUCUCUGAAGCCCGAGUUUGAUAAGCAGUUGCGCCAGUGGCCUGACUCAUAUACAAAGAAGUUUGAGCACAGAAUCUACUCCAUCACAUUUUCUGUUGGAAACCCUCAGGAGUGGAAGAAAUUGUUCAAACCCUGUGCUGCCCAGAGACUCUUUCUUCCGGUGAUUUUAAAGGAUGUGGACUCACUUCUCUACGUGGACACCGAUGUUCUCUUUCUGAGACCUGUCGAUGACAUCUGGAAGCUUCUGAGGCUGUUUAAUUCCACCCAGCUUGCAGCCAUGGCCCCUGAGCACGAAAUCCCCAAGAUUGGCUGGUACAGCCGCUUUGCAAGGCAUCCUUUCUAUGGCUCUGCAGGAGUUAAUUCAGGAGUCAUGUUAAUGAAUUUAACUCGGAUAAGAAGUACCCAGUUCAAGAACAGCAUGAUUCCAACAGGCCUGGCUUGGGAGGACAUGUUGUACCCUCUGUACCAGAAGUACAAGAAUGCCAUCACGUGGGGAGACCAGGAUUUAUUAAAUAUUAUUUUUUAUUUCAAUCCAGAGUGUCUCUAUGUAUUCCCCUGCCAGUGGAACUACCGUCCCGAUCACUGCAUGUACGGAAGCAACUGCAGAGAGGCUGAGCGUGAAGGUGUGUCUGUUCUGCAUGGAAACCGAGGCGUCUACCAUGACGAUAAGCAACCGACAUUCAAAGCACUCUAUGAAGCAAUACGGGAUUUUCCCUUUCAAGACAAUCUCUUUCAAUCCAUGUAUUACCCACUUCAGCUGAAGUUUUUGGAGACUGUGCACACUUUAUGUGGACGGAUCCCGCAAGUUUUUCUGAAGCAAAUUGAGAAAACAAUGAAAAGGGCUUAUGAGAAACACGUCAUCAUCCAUGUUGGCCCCAACCAGAUGCACUGAAUAUUUUGUCUUGUUGCAAGUCAAUUCGGUGUCUUGUGACCAAGGAAAUAUUAAUCUCUAAGCUGCCUGGGUCUUUUUGUGUGAAUAUUUAAUGGUGCUCCAUGACUGUUGAGUUUUAAAAACCUCGUUAAAUUUUGCCAAAUCAGUUGCCCCCAAAAGAGAAUAUGCUUUUCUUUAUUUUUUUCUAAAAUGCUAUUUAUCUCUAAG